GUUCGGAACAGCCUCCCGCGGCCGAACUGGAAGACUUCCCUUCGGAGGAUCCGCGGCGAGGAGGGAAGAUUCCCCGGAAUUGGAAUGCGGCGUCCCGCUCCAAGGCUGGGUGGAGGACGCGGGGCGAGAGCCUUGUAAAGCGAAGUUGCCACUGGGGGGCCGCGCAUUUCGGGUGAUUGUUGUGCCCUUCGUUCCGCGAGCGGCUGCUCUGGGGCCUCUGAUGCACCCCUUCCAGUGGUGUAACGGAUGCUUCUGUGGUCUGGGGUUGAUCUAUACCAACAAAACGUGCACCAUGCCUCCCAUCACUUUCCAGGACUUGCCACUGAACAUCUACAUGGUGAUUUUCGGCACAGGUGUCUUUAUCUUUGUGCUCAGCCUCAUUUUCUGCUGUUACUUCAUUAGCAAACUUCGGCAUCAAGCACAAAGUGAAAGAUUUGGAUACAAAGAGGUGGUUUUGAAAGGUGAUGCCAGAAAGCUAAACUUACAUGGGCAGACUUGUGCCGUCUGCCUGGAAGACUUUAAAGUGAAAGAUGAGCUGGGAGUGUUGCCAUGCCAACAUGCCUUCCACAGAAAGUGCCUUGUGAAGUGGCUAGAAGUUCGAUGUGUCUGUCCCAUGUGCAAUAAACCUAUAGCAGGUCCCCCAGAGCCUCACCAGAGCAUUGGAAUCCUUCUGGAUGAACUAGUGUGACCAUCUUCCUGCCCACAACAUUUCCCCCAAAGAGCCUUUACUGACACAGAUUAUUGCCUUGGGAUUGUGGGCUUCAACAUGUGGUCACAGUCUGAGAUAUUUCCAAGUGGAUACUCAUCUUAACCUUCUUAGAAGGCAGUGGGGACCAUACCCAGUGCCAAGAUGGAAGGCAAGCUGGCCUUGUUUCCAUCUACAAUCUGGGAGCCAUUUCUGGGGAAGACUGAUCAGAACUGCGUGAGAAUCUAUAUUUCUGAUGGCUAAUGUAUGAAGGCCUUGAAACAUGAAGUCUGAAUUUCCCAGGAUGACCAGGGUGAACAACAGAACUCUAGUGCCAGGUUUCCGUCACUGGUGAUUGUGAUGCCAACUGUGAGAUCAAAGUCUUCCCUUUGUCUAGGAAUUGUUGGUCAGAAUCCACAGAUGGUGAUAGCAUCUCCAAUUUCUAAUGAGACCUUCUUUUUUAUAGUAAGCCAGCCCCUGCCAAUUGGGCUGUCUUGAUUCCUGCUCCUUAGGGAUCCCUUUUGCAAUUUAAAAGCAAGAGCUAUUGCUGACUUCUGCUAGAUCCUUCUCUGCAAAAUCUACAGUGUUUACAUACAACUUAAGCAGAAAGCCUUCUGCAGGUAGAAGAGGCACUACUCUGUUAAUACAGUAGACCCAGCAGAGCAGCAAAGAUCCAGUCUUCUCCAAUACUGUGGAGAAAGGGAGCCACGCUGUGGCCUUUGGCACUCCAUAUAGGCGGCUAAGUGACAAAGGUAGGGGCCUGAAAAGGAAGAGGAAUGAACCCUUCUCUUAGAUUUCAGAAGACGAGCGGGACUAUUUUCGUAAGUGGCCUUUUAACUUUUUUUGCCUAUCCUGUCCUUGUAUAGAAAAAUAAAAGUACUUUCUCUGAAA